AGAGUAUACCAUUUAAAGUUGAGUCAGUUUAUAAUUGUUAUGCUGCUCUUGCAAGAUAUCUUCAUAAAAAUUCUGCUAUGAAUAAUGUUCGACUUUGGGAUAAGUAUUCAUUUUCUAGAACAUUUCGAUGUUUGGAUGAAAAAAUGAAGUCUUUGCAAAAUGUUAAUUAUAAAAAUAUAUUGAAAA